GCUGACUCAGGGAGGGGCAGGAGCGGCCCAGCCCUGGUGGCAUCAGCAGCAGGGAGUGUCCCCUGUGCCCAUUGGCCCGGCUGGGGCUGAGCACUGGUGGGGCUGCUAUAAAAGGCCUGGCCGGGCCAGGCUGUGCCAAGCUGCUCUGGCCACCUUGUCCUCGGGGAAAAGGAGCUCCAGCGCAUCCCUGGCCGAGAUGUCCUGCUACGACCUGUGCCCACCCAAAGCCAGCGUGGCUGUGCCCAAGCCCAGCGUGGCUGUGCCCCAGCCCAUCGCCGAGAGCUGCAACGAGCUGUGCGCCCGCCAGUGCCCCGACUCCACGGCCUUCAUCCAGCCGCCCCCCGUGGUGGUCACCUUCCCCGGCCCCAUCCUCAGCUCCUUCCCCCAGCAAGCCGUGGUGGGCUCCGCCGGAGCCCCCGCCUUUGGGGGCUCCCUGGGGCUGGGGGGCCUCUACGGCCAAGGGGCCACCCAGGCCUCGGGGGGCCUCUGCACCUUUCCCACAGCCUGCGCUGCUCCCGCCUGCAGCCCUUGGCUCCUGCCCCGCUACUCCAGGAAAGUCUGGGACACCUGCAGGCCCUACUAAAACCCGCAGAAAGAAUCUUAAGUAGUCUAU